AUGUGCACAUUUGAGAUGCCCACAUUUUUCCAGGAGAGGCUAACCGGCUCCAACUCACGGUGCCAGGGCCUGCUGGAAGUCAAGUUCAGGGGCCUGUGGUGCACGGUUUGCAGCCAGAGCUGGGGCCGGACACCAGACCGCUGGGAGGACGCCAGCCAGGCCUCGAAAGUCUGCCGGAAGCUGCGCUGUGGGGAGGCCUUGAACCUGGGCCCCUUGCCUCACUUCAGCAGACCCCAGAACCAGAUCAUCUGCCAUGGACGCUUGGGGUCCUUCUCCAACUGCAGCUUCGCAGACCAGUGCCACCCUCUGAGCCUCAUCUGCUUAGAGCCCCAGACGACCACACCUCCACCCACGAGCCCCCCGCCCGUAACAACACCCGAGCCCACAGCUCCUCCCAGGCUGCGGCUGGUGGCAGGGCCCCGGGGCCUGCACUGUGCCGGCGUGGUGGAGUUCUACAGCGGCAGCCUGGGUGGCACCAUCGGCUAUGAGGCCCAGGACAGCAUCCAGAGCCUGGGAAGCCUCCUGUGCCCAGCCCUCCAGUGCGGGUCCUUUUUGAAGCAUCUGCCAGAGGCCGAGGCGACCAGAGCACCUGACCUAGGAGAGCUCUGGGAACACAGGCCCUUGCCGAUCCGGUGGAAGAUCCAGAACUCGAGCUGUGCCUCCCUGGAACAGUGCUUCAGGAAAGUCCAGCCCCAGGAGGGUGGCCAAGCUCUUGCGAUCGUCUGCUCAGAUUUCCAGCCCAAGGUGCAGAGCCGCCUGGUCGGGGGCAGCAGCGUGUGUGAAGGCAGCGUGGAGGUGCGCCAGGGCACGCAGUGGGCAGCCCUGUGCGACAGCAACCUGGCCAAGGACAUGGCGCGGUGGGAGGAGGUGUGCCAGGAGCAGCAGUGCGGCAAUGUCAACUCCUAUCACGUGCUGGACACCGUCAAGAAGACCUCCCGGGGGGUUUCCUGUUCCCAGGAGAAGCUGUCCCAGUGCCACGAGCUUUGGGAGAAAAAAUCCUACUGCAAGAGGGUGUUUGUUGCAUGCCAAGAUCCAAACCCGAGGGGCCCAGCGGCCGGCACCGUGGCCAGUGUCAUCCUGGCCCUGCUGCUCCUGGCGGUGCUGCUGGUGGUGUUUGGCCCCCUGGCCUACAAGAAGCUGGUGAAGAAAUUCCGCCAGAAGAAGCAACGCCAGUGGAUUGGCCCAACGGGAAUGAACCAGAACAUGUCUUUCCACCACAACCACACGGCCACCGUCCGGUCCCAGGUUGAGAACCCCACAGCCUCCCACGUGGAUAACGAAUACAGCCAGCCUCCCAGGAACUCCUACGUGUCCGCUUAUCCAGGGGCCCUGCGUGGCUCCUCCGCCCAGCCCGACAACUCCUCCGACAGCGACUACGAUCUGCACGGGGCUCAGAGGCUGUGAAGGGCGAGCCUGUCUCCAGCCUGACGCGUGGCUCCAGGGGUAUAAGCACCAGCCACUGGGCGCCUUGCUUCGUCCCUACCCCGCCCUUACAUGAAUAGGGGACCCUGAGCAAUUUGGGUGAUGGGAGUUGAUUUGGCAAUUAAAGCAGAGGAAUUGUGGACCUCAAAAAUCAUCUGUGGACUCCAUUCGGAAGACCACGCGGACAGAGCCCCUGAGAGCUCUAUGAUGGAGUAACAGCCCACAGCGACGCCAGCCUACCAGCAUGGAGAAGCCCCUGACGCAGGACAGCCACUGGCCCUGAGAUGCAGCCCAGGGUGUGGGGCCUGUCCCCAUCUCCCCGAAUAACCUCCGGGUGUCUUCCUCUGACACGUUUCCUUCUCACCCCACAGAACUGGGAGCUGGGAACAAAAACCAAGAGCCAGACCUAUUCGUCCUGAGAAAACUCUGCAUUCACCACUUGGAAAUGACACCCCGAUUUCUACACCCAGACAGAACGUGGACAGAGGCCAGGGUGCCUUUCCAACAGGUGCUGCUGCCCUGCAGGGGCGGGCUGGCUCCUACACCGCACUGGGCCCCCGCGGGGACCACCACGACCGACAGCUCGGCCGGCUACUCCAAGUGAGGAAGCUGGGGCGGGCAGACCCAGAAACAAGCAGCUUUCCACAUAGAGACUCAGGGGUCCAGAAGGGGGUCCCUUUCCUCGCCCUGUGUGUGGGGUAGCAGCACUCGGGCAGAACCCAGCUCCCUCCUCGACUCCGACCCUGAUAAGAAAUGACAAGGAAGCUCACAGCUGGGCUCACGCA